UAAAUGAGGGUGACUAGGCAGACAUGGAGCGGUACCAAUCCAAUACUCAUCUGUGUGGGCCUGGGGUGUUACCGAUACCAGACUCACCUGGUGGGAACACUUAGUCACCAUGACAACCCCAAUGUUGAUUUUAACAUAAGGUGUUGCGUCACUAACUGGUCAGCGGAGAGGAAAAAGAAACCCAGCACUGAUCCCAAAGCUUGACCACACCUCCAGAGUGAGGCUAAAUCAUCAUGUCCAGACGUAUAGUAGUCCAGCCAUUUUGUUCAGCUCUGCCAUUCAAUAAUCAAAAUAAGACUGAGGCAAAGUUGAACAGAGAGACGGACAAGCGUUGGACCGAGAGACGGACAAGCUUAGAACCGAGAGACGGACAAGCUUAGAACCGAGAGACGGACAAGCUUAGAACCGAGAGACGGACAAGCUUUGAACCGAGAGACGGACAAGCUUAGAACCGAGAGACGGACAAGCUUAGAACCGAGAGACGGACAAGCUUUGAACUGAGAGACGGACAAGCUUUGAACAGAGAGACGGACAAGCGUUGGACAGAGAGACGGACAAGCUAAAAUGAAUUGAGCAUCAAUCAGCCUAGUGAUCUGAAACAACUCUUCAAGUCCAAAGGCAGACGCUCAUCCACACAGCCGGGUGAAAGUUCAACGGUGAAAGAAGGGGAUCCCACUCUGAUCUCACCAUGGACUGGAAGACGUUCGAGGCGCUGCUUAGCGGGGUCAAUAAAUACUCUACCGCGUUUGGACGUAUCUGGCUCGCGGUAGUCUUCGUGUUUCGCGUCAUGGUCUUCGUCGUGGCCGCAGAACGCGUCUUUAGUGAGGACCAGAAAGACUUUGACUGCAACACCCGGCAACCCGGCUGCGCCAACGCCUGUUACGACCACUUUUUCCCUGUCUCUCACACCAGGAUCUGGGCACUCCAGCUCAUCUUCGUCACCUGUCCUACCUUCAUGGUCGUGAUGCACGUGGCGUACCGUGAGGAACGCGAACGCAAGUACCGCAUCGCACACGGUGAAAACGCCCGUCUCUACGACAACACAGGACAGAAGCACGGAGGACUCUGGUGGACGUAUCUCCUCAGCCUCUUCUUCAAGACGGCCAUCGAGGUGGCGUUCCUCUACCUCCUCCAUCUCAUCUACAACAACUUUGACCUGCCGAGACGCGUCAUAUGCGACCUCUGGCCUUGUCCUAACCAGGUGGAUUGCUACAUCGGCCGGCCCACAGAGAAGAGGGUGUUUACCUACUUCAUGGUAGGGGCGUCGGCUGUGUGUAUAGUGCUCAACGUGUGUGAGAUCUUUUACCUGAUAGCCAUCCGGUUGCUGAGGAUCAGUCAUCGGGGAAGCCUCCAUACCUCCCCCAACAUUAGGUGCUCUGAGCUGGACUGUGAUGGGUGUCAGACGCUGGCGGCGACAGCAGAGUACCAGGAGUGCAACGAGGCCAACUUAGCCAUGGAGAAGAAAAGUACAUCUAUAUUUUGAGUCAGACAUAAAAACUCUUUACAAUUUAACUUUUAUUAGAUGACAAAUCUUAAUUGACUAAGUGUUGUUAACCAAAACCUGAGUUUUAUCAAUACAUUUAUUUUAGUCAAAUGUAAUUUUUAUGGCCAACCACCUCCUCACCCUCCCUUACGGACACGCCUCUGUGAGGGUGAAAGACUGACGAAGGUUAAGAGUUCUUGAAAGUGAUUUGACAGGUCAGACGUUGCUGAGACGUUGCUGACGAAUACCAGAGUUUACAACACAAAUGUCAGUAUUUUACAUAUCAGCUAACCGCAUUUUAUGCUAAUCUGGUGCCCGACUGCACAGUCGAUGUUGUCGCAUCCAAUCAUUGGUUGAUGCAUGUAACGUCUCAGCAAGGAAACGCAACCCCCAUGCUCAUCUGAUCUGGCCCCCUGCUCAUCUGAUCUGGCCCCCUGCUCAUCUGAUCUGGCCCCCUGCUCGUCUGAUCUGGCUCCCUGCUCAUCUGAUCUGGCCCCCUGCUCAUCUGAUCUGGCCCCCCGCUCAUCUGAUCUGGCCCCCUGCUCAUCUGAUCUAGCCCCCUGCUCAUCUGAUCUGGUCCCCUGCUCAUCUGAUCUGGCCCCCUGCUCAUCUGAUCUGGUCCCCUGCUCAUCUGAUCUGGCCCCCUGCUCAUCUGAUCUAGCCCCCUGCUCAUCUGAUCGGGCCCCCUGCUCAUCUGAUCUGGCCCCCUGCUUUUUUCUGUAUUGUUUUACCUUUUUAGAUUUACGGUUAAUUUAUUAUUAUCUUAAUUCGUAAUUUGUUUUUAUUUUUUUGUUAAUAAUUUCAAGUUUUCUUUACAGUGAAAUGCAGGGCAGUGUAGUGACCUUUCAGGGAGCAGGUGCUCAAAAUGAAAAAAAGGGUUUUUUUAUUUGAAAAAUAUAAAUUGACUUUUAUCAGUCAUGUCUUGAACUUCAUAACAUCGACUACUAGCUGCCUCAUUUUAAAUGUUUUCAGGCCUGUUUAUUUCUGCAACAACACACUCACUCGUCACAAACUGUAAGCAAGCUAGUUACAGUGCCUCCAAAAGAUAUGACUGACAUCUGAAAAAGGCGAUCAGCUGAUUUUUAGUCAAGAAAACGUAACCUUUAUUUAACUAGGCAAGUCAGUUUAAGAACCAAUUCUUAUUUACAACGACGACGCUGGGCCAAUUGUGCGCCGCCCUGUGGGAUUCCCAAUCACGGUCGGUUGUGAUACAGCCUGGAUUCGAACCACGGUGUCUGUAUUGACGUCUCUAGCACUGAGCUUACCUGUCAUCUUAUCAAUCACCUGUCAUCUUAUCAAUCACCUGUCAUAUACAAUGUCAUCUUAUCAAUCACCUGUCAUCUUA